AUGCAUCUUCGAUUUCGAACAGGCAAAUACGCAUUCAUAGCAGAUGUGAAAAAAGCCUUCCUUCAAAUCAGACUGCUAGAAAGCGAGAGGGACGCAACGAGAUUCUUCUGGCUGAAAGACAUAUCCAAACCACUUACGCCAGACAACAUCACCACCUACCGAUUCACAAGAGUUCCAUUCGGAAUAAACGCAUCCCCCUUCCUACUAGGAGCAACCAUGCACUAUCACUUCGAACAACAGAGUACGAACAACGAACUAGCCUCUCUCCUCCAUCAGAAUCUUUACGUCGACAACGUCUUACUAUCCACUAACGAUGAACUCAAGCUGUUAGGCUGGCAAAUAGACUCCAAAAAGAUGUUCCAAGAGAUGAACAUGGAAUUGCGAGAAUUCACAUCCAACUCAGCUCGUUUCAAAGACUUACUAACUGACGAAGAACGCAAUACCUCACAUACCCCCAAGGUAUUAGGUAUUACAUGGGACACACGCACAGACCAUUGGGCUUAUAGAGUAAAAGCU